CCUGGCCCUGUUCGUUCCAAGAGAAAGACAUUAUUGUUAAUGUUAAUGAUUAACAAUAAUAAUUCAGAAUGGAGCUUGAAGAGCAGACAUUGCAGCUGAUAGAUGCAGUUAAUAUCACAAUGAACCCAGUAAUUGAUCAAGAAAGCCGGAGUAAAGCUUACCAGAUCUGUGAGAACUUCAAAGACACAUCACCCCAUUGUGUGGAAUGUGGUGCCAUGCUAGCUGAUGUAAAACAUUCUCCUGUUAUAAGGCAUUUUGGAUUACAGCUCCUUGAACAUUUUGUGAGAUUCAAAUGGAAUGAUGCUACUGUGGAACAGAAAUUACAGUUCAAAAACCUGACGAUAGGAAUGAUCACUAAGAAAAGCACCAAUGUCUUGGAAGAGGAGAACUUCAUCAAAGAGGGCCCAGUGAAGAUUGUUGUUGAGAUGAUCAAAAGAGAAUGGCCUCAACAAUGGCCAAGCUUACUGGAGGAGCUCGAUCAGAUGUGUCAAAUUGGGGAUAGUCAGACUGAACUUGUUCUUCUUAUCUUGUUGAGAUUGGUAGAAGAUGUGGUUUCAUUCCACAACGUCCAGCAGGGGAGACGGCGGAAGGACCUCUGGCAAGCCCUGAAUGCUAACAUGUCUCAGAUUUCAUCUUUCCUUAUCAAAGUUCUAGAGAUGUACUCAGAGAAAUACCAGUCUUUGGAGUCUUCAGCACCACAAAGUAAUGAGGCCAAAUCUGCCUGUAAGGUGACCCAAACGGUCCUUGUGACCCUGUGUGGAUUUGUAGAAUGGAUGGAUGCUAAACAUCUCUACAAGGAAGAGAAUCGUCUCCUCAUCUUCCUCUAUAAGCUACUUAGGAACGAAGAGCUGAAGAUGCUGGCAGCAGAGUGCUUGCAACUCAUUGUACACAGAAAGGGCAAGAUAGAUGAAAGAAAACCCCUGAUGGUGCUAUUUUGUGAUGUAGCCAUGACCGAACUCUUCAAUGCUGCUGUGAAAGCUUGCAGUGCAGGUCUUGAUGAAAAGAAUCACUUGUUUUUGAAGAAGCUUUGUCAGGUCAUUACAGGUUUGGGCUCACAGAUGUGUGCAAUAUGGGUAAUGGAAGGGGAAUCCUUUGUACCACCAUCCAACCUUGCUUCCUACCUGAAGACCUUGUAUAGUUUCACCCAGCAUGCUAGUACACACGUCUGCCAUCUAACAUCUGCUAGCUGGAUGGCUUUCCUGCGGCAUGAGCAUAUGUCGCGUACCCAGGAAGUGCUGGAUAUUAUACCUAGCCUCUGCCAGACGUUCAUUACCACAAUACAAAAGCUUGGCUACCCAUCUCGGAAUGACUCUGCUUCAUGUGCCUAUUCAAGGAUUGAUUUUGAUUCAGAUGAGGAAUUCUUCCUUUUCUUUUCAUCUCACAGAUACAAUCAACUGGAGAUUCUAAGAUAUGCAACAGCUCUUUGUCCUGAGACUACAUUAACGAUAGCUGCACACUGGUUGCAAGAGGUUUUAGCUGCUCCCAUAGAGAAAGAAGAAGGUAAGGAGCUGUGUACAAAUCUUUGUCCAUCAGCAAUCAGAUGGGAUGCUAUGUCUAACUACCUUGAUGUUGUAAUAACAGCCUUGAUCAAGAAGGAUCAGUUACCAACACAACAAGCUGUAGAACUUCUCCAAGCAACUCUCAACACUAGAAUAGAGGACCCAGUGAUCCUGUCUUUCCAGCUGACCUGUAUAUCAACCUUGUUUCCUGUACUUUAUCAUUCCAAGCAGCAUGUGGAGAGUGUAUUGGAUAAGCUUUUUGCUGCUGCUGUCUUCUCCUUGCCUGGGUUGACUAAGAAGACAAGGACUCGAUCCGUACAGAAUGUCAGACGGCAUGCCUGCUCAGCCAUGGUUAAGAUGUGUAGAGAUCAUCAGACACUCAUGCUGCCCCAUUUUGAGAAGAUCUACACCCAAGUUCAGACGUUAAGCUCUGAUCCCGAACAGCUUACCCAGCUCGAGAGGGUGACACUCAGCGAGGCACUUAUACUCAUUAAUAACGGACUCCAUGACUGGAAUCGUCAGAGCGCCCUCAUUGCUGAGAUCAUGCAACCCAUCACAGAAGUCUGGCUGUCGCCUCACAUCACAGAGAUGAUUCAAUCUCCCGAGUCUUUCAUCCACAACAUAGGUUUAGAUCAUCCUAGCACUGCUCAACCAAACCAGGAGGAUGUCUACAACAAGAACCGUGCCCAGAUCUUCAACUGUAUCUCUACCAGCCAAGCUGUCGUCAAGAGGUGCUGCUGGCCAUCAGACCCACAGGUUGCUAAAUCUGGUGGGUUUAUCAGUGGUCAUCUACCAAGUGGUGCACCAAUCUACAAGAACCCCAGUACCCCUCACAUCUUACCUAUCUUGCCAAAUUUAUUCACACUUGCCAGAACGUUGAAUGCUAUGUGGUCUCCUGAAUGCAGAGCUAAGGUGUGUCCAGAGUAUACUAGAUCAUUCAACAUGACUGAAAAUGAGAGGAAUACAAUCUUAGGUUUAUUAGGUAACAGUACUGAGAUCCCUGCAAACAAACCUGUUGUGGAGAAAGUUCAAAUCUUUCUCACUGUCAUCUAUGAAACUACAUGUCACCUAUUCUCGGACUGUUUCCAGAGUCUUGGUUAUGAGUUCUUUACAGCUGAUGGUCUGUCCAGUCAACUUCUAGAAUCUAUUUUCACCAACCUCCAUCAUUUACCGGACUACAGGCUAAGGCAUAUCAUUCGUGUUGUGACCAAGUCAUUUGUUCAAGCCUGUCCCAAAGAAUGCUGGCAGUCAGUUCUGGUCCCAGUAAUGACUGGCCUAACUUCAUAUAUGGUUCCCAGGCUGAAUCAUCAAUGGGCCAUUAUUCUUCAGAGGGCUGAAUCAAGUGAAGCGACAGAGGAACAAAGUGAUGAGCAAGAAACACAAGAGGUUGUAGAAGAUUACCUAAUUAGAACAGUUACGAAGGAAUUCAUGGAACUUUUAGGAAAUCUAUGUUGGAACAAUAGGACAGCAUCAGGUAAGAAGGAGGAAGGAGGAGGAGGAGAGCUAGAUAUGGAGACUGAAGAAGCAAUGGAACAGGGUGACAGUGGAGGAGGGAAUAGCGGCCGGUCAGAACCUACAACCAUCAGUGAACUCGGGAAGAUCAUCUUGCAAAAUGAGAGGCUGUGUGAGAGCAUAGUAACCUGUAUAUAUGCAGCAAUGUCUUGGCCUGAUAGUGGUGUUUGUAUGAAGGCAUGUCGUCUCUCAUGGCUCAUUGUACAAGAGCUGGCUACCAGACCACUCAUACCGGAAGCAGUUACCCAUCUCUAUACAUCCAUCCUCAAAGGUCUCCAAGUACAUGGUGAACAUGACACAUGUAGAGCAGAACUUAUCUACAGAGCAAUGAACCAUUACGAACUAUUGAGGGAGAAGUAUCCAAUCUUGACGGAAGUGAUGUUGAGUUUGCCUCACUGCACCCAACCAGCAUUACAGAAGUUCCAUGAGAAGGUCCCAGCCUCCAAGCCAUCUGAACGGAAGAAGAGAGAAGCCUUCAAGAGCUUCAUCCAAGAAUUUAUUGGGGAGCCUAUGAGUCAGAAGUUCAAGAGAAAGGAGGUUAUUCGUGAUCUUCCAGCGAUCCUAAAGCCGAUGAAACCAAAGAUUAAUGUCAUGGAUUCAUCGGUAGGACCAGAAGAAGCUGGACUGGUCAUGCUUUUUGCCAGUGAGGCUGAUAUAUGAGGACAUAGAUUUUCUAACUCUACUUAAACUUGAACACCUUUAACCAACUUUCAAGAGAGCAAAAGUUAUGCUGUUUCCUCUCAAUACAGUGAUAUGGGACCAACCAAUCUUCUUCACUAUGGAACCAAAGAUUAACCCUUCAACUCCCAGGGUAUUUAAUCCUAUAGGGACCACUUGGCACCAGUACCUAACAGGUCAAUAUCGUAGAUGCAUUGGGACAUGCAGAUGUCUGGACGGAGAGGCCUAUCUGUGCCAAUGACACUGAUAUUAUAUGCUCAAUUGAAUGUAACUCAAACUCAAACCAACUCUCACUGCAUGUGAAAAUUCCUUCAUAUUGGCUAUUACCAUUAGCACGAUACAAACUAGUGGUAUAAGCUAUGAAAGCCAUUUGUUUGAUUGAAUGAGAUCAACUCUUUCAUUGAUUUCUAGCUUUUUUAGAUGUCAGGCAUUUGAUGAUUAUGAAGCAAAAAUCUUAUUUGACAUAUAUAUGGGAAUUAAUUUUUUUUUCAGUGGUGCAAAUGGAUGUGCUAUUAUAACCAACUCCUUGAUUUUAAAUGAAUCUAUAAAAAUACUACAACUUGAUUAUGUACAAGUUCUUUAUUUAACUUUCAAUUACAUGAAACUUGAACCAAUUUGGGUUAGGGAUUCAAUAAAAAUGAAGUGUUUAUAGUGUUUCAGGCAAGUGGCACUUGCUGAAUUCAUUGCUUUAUUCACAACUAUUUGUUGAGGAAUAAUUUCUUGUUAUUGUAACAUAUAGAUACUGAAUAAUGUCAAGAGAUCACUUGGUAAGACAAGAAAAGCAGUCAUUCAUGAGUAGGUACUUUUUAUGAAAAGCUUCCUAUAAUUCAUAUUUCAAUGUUUAAAGUGGGAAUGCUUUCCAAGGAAACCUAAAUUUAUGAUCGUUAUUGAAAAGUGAUCUUUCUAUAUAAGUGAUUGCUAAAUUUGAUUUGGAUGUAAUUUUACAUUCAUUCACUAUUGCAUAUUUAAAUUUGUGCCAAAUAAUACAAAUAUACAACUUUUGAACACAAAAAAAGCUCUGCUUGCUGUGAUAAUAAGUCUGGCCUCGGCACUCUUUGUGGCCUUUUGGUAACUAUU